GGCUUGGCGGUAGGCAGGUUGAGGCGACUGUCGUAAAGGAGCGCUUGACGUUAGAUACCGUUGCUCCCCUUCCCGCGCUGAAGGCUGUUUUGGAAAGUUGACAGCGUCGUUGGUUCUGCGGGUGGGGGCGAGCAUGUCUUUUCGAGGCGGAGGUCGUGGAGGCUUUAAUCGAGGUGGUGGAGGUGGCGGCUUCAGUCGUGGCGGCGGCAGCAACAACAACCACUUCCGAGGGGGAGGUGGCGGCAACUUCAGAGGCGGCGGAGGCAACUUCAGAGGCGGUGGCGGCCGAGGAGGAUUUGGACGUGGGGGUGGCCGCGGCGGCUUUAACAAAGGCCAAGACCAGGGGCCUCCAGAACACGUAGUUUUAUUAGGAGAGUUCCUGCAUCCCUGUGAAGAUGACAUAGUUUGUAAAUGUACCACAGAUGAAAAUAAGGUGCCUUAUUUCAAUGCUCCAGUGUAUUUAGAAAACAAAGAACAAAUUGGAAAAGUGGAUGAAAUAUUUGGACAACUUAGAGAUUUUUAUUUUUCAGUUAAAUUGUCAGAAAACAUGAAGGCAUCGUCCUUUAAAAAACUACAGAAGAUUCACUGUUCAGGUUCAAGCCCUCCUUACCCAGCCUGGGUUAUUACAAUGCUCUCCAGACCAAUGCUGUCCUGUAGAAUUUUCUGUGAUGGAAAUUCCUGCAGUACAGUAGCCACUAGCCAUUUGUUGUUUUUGAGCACCUGAAAUAUGGUGAGUGUGACUCAGGAACUGAAUUUUUAAUUGUUAAUUAAUUAAAAUCUAAAUAGCCACAUGUGUCUGGUAGUUGGCAUGUUGGGCAGUGCAGACUUAGUAUUUUUGAUAGGAUGGGCUCUGAAAGGAAGAAGAGCAAUAAAGUGAUAUCUAAAGAGGGAUUCAGACAUCUUAUUGUAAUACAUUAUAGUUUUGAAGGUCUUGUGUGUUUUGUGUAAAAUUGUGAAAUAUACCCCAUUAUAUUUCAUUGCGAAAAAUAUUUUUUAACCCUAAAUAUAGAGUGGGUUUAGUUUCUACAGAUCUUCCAUUACUUUAUGUUCAGUAAAAAGUUAUGGAUCCUUCAUUAAAGUCUUGAAAUAGCUAGUAUGUCAGUGUUUUAUUUUGGAUUUUAAUGCUAAAUUUUUAAUAGUUUCAUUUUUCUUAUGGCAGUUCUGUUGAGUUACAAUGGAGUUAAUUUUUGGAAGGCAUUAACUAUUUCUAAGGAGAAAUGAAAUUGAAUAGGUCUUGGUUUCUAUUUCUGUGCAUGCUAUGCUUAUUAUGUGCCAAAGUUUAAGUGCUUUAUGUAUAUUACUAUUGAUCCUCACAAGGACUAUGUGAGGUAGGUACUUUAUUAUCUUGAUUUUACAGAUCAAAAAACUUGGGUACAAAGAAACUAAAUCCUUGCCCAGGACUACACAAUAGUAUGUGAUAGAGUAGGGAUUUGAACCCAGGCAGUUUUGAAUCCAAGUAUAGGUUCUUAAUGAUUAUACUAUACUACCUCCAGGCCAUCACACUAAUUGUUUCUAUUUU